GGACAGCGUCACGUUCGAGCUAUCAACUGUGUAAGCCUCUGUUCAGCCGGUCAGUAUCGCAUUGCGAUGCAUGUCAAGUUCGAUCACACGGUAAGGUAAGCAUGGGCGUAACUCGGGGUCGCAGCUUCUGCCCCGCGCGCCAUGCGUCGCUCCCAUUGGUCAGUCACAGCACAGCGCUGCGGUUCGCCCGAUCGCAGUGCAUUGUUCAGUGCCACGGAGAGACUCUGGGAGCAGAAGACCACGUUCUGAAACGUCACAAACAAUCUUCUAGUGGAACGCAAAAAUGGCGAGCGGGAUGGACCUCUCGGCUCUGGAGAAUGAUCCGAGACUGUUCCUGUACACCUCCCUCACGGCUGGCUCAUCCCAUAUCAUAACCGCUACCUCGCGCCUGGAGACCAUCUUGAAAGCGAACAAAAUUCCGUUCCAAGCUAUCGACAUCGCCACGGAUGAGAAGGCGAGACGGUUGUGGCAGCGUCGAGCUGGGCAGAGGAAGCUGCCUGGGCUGGUGAAGGAGGGUUAUGUCCUUGGUGUAUGAUCUGCAAGAAGUCGAAGACUGGAACGAGUUCGGUGAGCUCAAAGACAACAUUGGCUCGGUGCCACAGAACAACGCAGCGCCAUCC